AUGCAGUUAUUAAUAGCUACAUGGGGGAUUAAUGUUGGUUCUAUUCCUGCAAUUUUAAUCUAUGGAAACGACCUAGAAACACUUGGUUUCACAUUAAUAGUUUGCCUUUAUAAAGGUGCCGUUAGUAAAUAUAUUUUUAUUGAAAAAGAUUGGUUUUGGUAUUAUUCAUGUACUAUAUGGUGUUUCUCGGCAUGUUUAAGCGUUUUUUCUUUUGCUGUGGAUAUUGAAGAACCGGAUUAUGGUACAACGGCCUCGCCUCUUGUUUGUAGACCUGUUGAAUCUAAAUUACAUAUUUUCACCUACUUGAUUGUGUCUGCUCCAUUAUUAUUACUAUCUUUUGUGUAUACCAUUGGUACAAUUGGAUUGCUUUGGAAACGAUGGAAAUCUUUUCGCAAGAAAGAGAAUAGAUUUACUGUAAUAGGAUUAGGUUAUGGAAUAAGGCUUUCGCUUUGUGGUGUAUGUUUCACCGUGUUUCUCCUUUGCACGUGUGUUCCAAGGCUAAUUUCUUAUUUUAAACAACAAAACGAUCCAAAUUUUGACACCACCAUUUAUUUUAUAAUCUACGAUUAUGCUUUUGCUAUCAUUCAAAAGACUGCAGUAAUGUUCUUUAAAAGGUGUUAUUACGCACCACCUGAGAACCUAACUUUUAAAACAUCCUCAUACUUACGUGAUGACAGUUUUUCACGUGCAAGGCCACCAACUAUAACGAGUAUAACAGAACUACCAUCUUCAGAUUUACCAACUUCGGAUUUACCAACUUCAGGUUUACAAGUGCCUCCUAAAUUAACAUCAAUAACUGAAGAAAAGGUGUUUGAGGAAGAUACUCAACAAAAUUAUGAAAUAGUAUAA